GUGGGACGUAGAGGAAGGGAGUCAGCCUGGCGCGAACUGAUCAGCAAACCUAUACCCGUUUUAGGGAAGGCGCGUCGAUGCAGGGCAGAUUUGGGCUGCACGUGGGGUACAAGCGAAGCUUUCGGCCAAAGCUUGAAGUGGCAGUGCCUGGCGACAUGAUGCAUGAUGGCCCUUCUGGAAGACUUCUCAAUCUGCCAUAAGAACCUCUCCAUACCUGCUAGAUUUCUCUUCUUCGAUCAGCCUUGUCUUGGGAUUUCAUCUUAGCGCACUCCUAACAGGAUCGGCAAAGAUCCCGCAUCUCCCCAAUUUCCUCAUACAUUUUUCAGUCGCCACUUCAUAAAUCCAUAUAACCUUUGACGAUUGCCACUUCCAUAGCCUUGGCAUAGGGUUAGCACACUCGCCGGACUGAACUAUGGCGCAGGCGAUCACUUCGGAUGCAAAUCUUUCAUCACAGCCACAAGAUGACUUACCUGGCUACUCUGUUGAACCGCCUGUAAAUGUUCCGCGGGAGUUGCCUCCAGAUCUUAGCGAACGAUUAGUAAAUCUGAAGCUUGAUCCGCUUACUGGAAAUGGUGUGAACGUGUCGCCCGAUCACUGCAUCGCGCACUUGAAGUUUCUCGAAGCCUUGUACCAACUGAAGGAAACUGUUGGAAAUACAAAGGACCUUUUUGGAAUCUUAGAUCCGAUUGAAAGUAGCGAGACUCCGGCCACUCCUGGCAACGAUCAGAAUGCUCUUGCUGAGAUCCGGGUACGCGAAAAGCGAUGGGCUGUGUAUGUGGCGCGUGCGGCACAUCGCUUUGAGCAAUGGUGGGGGAAAUGCGUUUUCGCGACACGAGAGACAAAACUCACGACAAAAGAGCUCACGACCGAGAAGGGAAUUGAGAAAGCUGCUUAUCAGGGUGAACCUAUCAAGACUUUGCAGUCAACAGACCGAUUGCCCCCCCUUGAUGUACUAAUGGUUUGGCACUCCUACUUGCUUAAUCCUCGUUGCUUCUUCGAGGAUUGCUUCCGUUAUCAGAAACUCGACUUCUUCGCGACGCCAUUCCCUCUGGCGGCAAUCGAUAGGUGCAUCGACCUUGUUACCUUUGAAUUCAAACCUACUGAACAAGCUGUCGCCAACUUCAUUUCGAAAACGGGCCUCAACUGGGACAAUUUAGAGGAUCCGUCCACUUUGGCGGUCAUGUGCGGAGCCUGCAAGAAAUCCUCAGAGGUGCCAUGGACCUUCGAUUCUCAAUGGUCAGCUUCAAGCAAAGAGAUGACCAGGGGAAGUGGAUUCGCCGAUGCGUCCUUCAUGACGACAUGUGAAAAUUGCAAGACUCCUCUUGACCACGAUCAUCUCAGAGUUGUCAAGUUUUUGAAUGACAUGGAUCUUUUAGUGAUGUCAGAUGUUCCAAUGCCCGGUACUUUAUUGACGCCUGAUGGCGUUCCAGAAGCUCCAACAGGGACAUCUUUCAACCUUGGCAAACCGUACAACAACUUCCCCAACACAUUGAUCAAAGCAGGCCUCCAGAAAGAUUUGCAGAGCAAGAUUAUGAAGAGUCCUAAAUGGAAUGUGGAAGAUAUAAGGCAUGCCAUCGAGGAGGCUCUCAAAGAUCAAGGUUUGAUACGUUCGACGAUGGGUUACCGCACACGCGUGUUAAUGCAAGAAAGAAAUGCAAUACGUAAAAUGAUGAGUCGCUAUUGGUAUAACUCUUCACCGUUUGCACUUGACCUAACUGGCGCUGUAAUUCGUCAGGGCUCAUUCAUUAACAAAAUGCAUGACAUCGACUGGCUGCAUUCUCCAGCCCUCAAGGGAACAAUGGGACGAUUGCUAGAGAAGUAUAAGCGGUUUUUCCAAAUCAUGGCAAGCAAUCCCAAAAACAUGGCUGUACCGACCCUAGACGUGGAUCUCGGCUGGCAUACGCAUCAGCUUAACUCUUCCGAGUACUAUCGAUUCUCGGUAGAAUAUGCGCGCCGAUUUAUUGACCAUGAUGACAAGGUCGAGGAAACUAAGCUUAGCGAAUCGUUUGCGUGGACCUCGAAGAAGUACUCUGAGCUCUAUGGUGAGCCAUACAGCGAAUGCCGCUGCUGGUACUGCGAGGCAGUUCGAGAAGCCAACUCCUCCAAACUCGAUAGUCUCUUCAAGCCAAAGAAGAAGGAAGCAACCGCAAGACUGCACGAGGUAAACAACGAGACCGAUCCGCUCAAGUCAGCCCAUAUUUCUGCCCACAAUGCUGUUCGCGAUAUUGACGGGGAAGCCAAAGCCAGUGUUCACGCUGCAAAACUUGACAAAGCAUAUCAGAAGGCAUGCGCAAAGGCUCGAAAGAAGGGCCAGAAGGAGCCAGCACGUGAUGAUUAUUACGCUGCUUACUAUUGGGGCUACCCAGUAUACUUUCCGAUAUACUACCCAUACGCAGCUCCAGUGGGUUUUGGAACUGGAGAUUGCUAUCCGGGUGCACCAUAUGCGUAUUCCAGUAGCGCAGGCGCAUAUGGAAACUGUGCGGCUGGAACGUGCGGGGGGAUGGCUGCCGCUGGUGGCUCGUGUGGUGCUGCUGGUUGUGGCGGAACAGGAGGUUGUGGUGGCGUUUCCGGCGGAGGAUGCGGUAGUUCAGGGUGCGGAGGUGGCUGUGGUGGCUCAUGAAAUCAAUCUCUCUCAAUCAGCCUAGACACACUGAAUUGAGAACAACAGGUGGUCUUGAACGUCAAGCGUUUUAGUGGUGCAGUAUCUAUGCAUCAGGGAGUUCACUGAUAGUUCUACCUGAAACUUCAACCGUCCAUCGUAUCAAUUCCAUUAAGACUGCAAUGUUUGUUCAUAUCUCAACUCGUGGGAAGCCGUCUUGAUUCAGUAUCUUAACUCAAUACGGACAAUAAUUAAUGACAGACUCUACGACAUUUGAUGAAACUUGUUAGGAUUUAACU